GAUUAAGUUCCUCCGUAUCGGGCGUGAUAAAGUUUGCUGUUCAGUGUUUUGUUUUUUGUGAGAUAGAGACUCUUUUAAAUAAGCUGUGUUUCAACUUCUACAGAAGUUUAAACUCUUAUUUACUUUUCUGUUUAAUGGGUAUGUUAUCUACUUACUUGAAAUAUUAGAUCUAUUACAAAUCUAUUUUUCAUUAAAAACAACCCUAUGUGAUGAAAAUGUAAAUGUACUUUCAAAACUGGUAAAUGCAUGAACCAGGGCAUUGACACUGGUUGGAGAGAAAUUAUAGGCUUUGUUUAAUUAAUACCUAUUUCAUUUUAGGCUUCUACUGAUAAUGGAGAGUAGAAACAACAAGAAGUGCGUUAUUUGUAAUAAGAGGCGAAGUCGUGGUGGAUCACCCUUACUUUUGAGUAGGUUUCCUCUGGAUUCUGACCGUUGUCGAAUGUGGGUUAAAAAUGCUGGCAUAGAAGACUUAGCAUAUGUACCUAUUGAAAAGUUACACCAACUUAAGUUUGUUUGUGGUGGGCACUUCACUCCUGAAUCCUUCAAUGCCAAAGGAACUCGGCUGAAGAACUCAGCUAUUCCAACACUGGAAUUGAGCAAUCCCAUCUUGCCAGAUGAAGUUUUGACAGAGUUUCCUCUUCAUGUAAAAGACUCCAAUAAAGAAAACCUCAAGACAGUUCUUUAUGAUCAUUCAUAUUGCAUUCCAAAGAAGUCAAAUCCAGUUGAACGAGUUCCCCUUACAACUACAACCAAACAACUAAAUUCAACAUGUUUGGGAGCUGUGGAUAUACCAGAUUCUGGUAUUUCUGCGAAAACAACUUUUGAACCUCUUCCUUCUACUUCCAAUGCACCAGAACAUAUGACCUAUAAACCAAUUACUCAUGGUAAGUGUACAAACUAAUUAUUUACCUUCUAAAAUAUGCCUUCCCUCAAACUAAAGAAUGCCACCCUGGAUGCGUUCUGCAGUCUGCAGUCAGGUCAAAAUGAACUUAUAUGUACAACAUUCUAGGUCUCUGUACAUUUUAUAUUAAUGCGAUUUGACCGUGCGGAUACGAACAAAGAACGCAAAGCACACGUGACUGAUUGCCUUAUCACGACCACUUACAGAUUGUCUUGACAUACCCGCAGACCGCAUCCAGAAUGCAGAACAUUAAAACCUCUAAAUGCCUUUAAUUUAAUAUUAUGUCAUUGUUAUUGAAGGUGGGCCCACGCUUCAUAUUUUAUGAGAAGAGCUAUCAUUAUCCUGUCUUUGCAUUUUUUUAAAACUUGAUAAUGAUUGAUUGAUUUGGAAAUAAUAUGUUUCAUAAAACAACUAA